CCUCCAAGCACUUAUCGAUACACACCAAUCCAUGUCCGAUACAUUGUUAGCACACCACUAGGCGAAGCGCGCCGGCAAAUAAAAUUGUUUUCAUAGCCUUUCCAAACAAAACCGGAACAAUGGCGAUGCAGGAGUUCUUCAGCGUGCUAUUGCCGGAUGUGAAGCGGGAGCUGCGCCGCGGUAUCAUAGAGUGCUCCAAGCGGGGUCUCCUGCACAGUACCAAGUGGCUGGCGGAGAUGCACCACGGAUUGGACGAUGUGCACAUAGACAAUGAAACGGAAGAGGAUCGAACAUUUAACGAGUGCCAGUUGGAGGGGAUUGCGCCGUCGGAGUACAGCGACUACUUCCUGGCCAAGAGCUACUACGAUGUGAGGGAGUACGAUAGGGCGGCGCAUGCGGUUAGGAACUGUGAGUCCAGUGUGCCGCGCUUUCUGCACUUUUAUUCCACUUACAUGGCCAGGGAAAAGCGGCGACUGGACUCAACCACCGACCAGGCGAAUCUGCACGAGCCAAAUCAGAUGCGAGAUCUCGCCGAUCUGCUAGCCACACUUCGCAUGGAGUACGGCAAGAGUCGGCUUGAUGGCUACGGCAUAUAUUUAUACGGAGUAGUACUUAAAGCGCUGAAUCUCAACCAGGCCGCCGAGCAAAUGCUAGUUCAGGCCAUCAGACUGGUGCCCAUGCUGUGGAGCGCCUAUCUGGAGCUCUCCCCCCUCAUCAUGGAAAAAAAGAAACUGCUGAGUCUUCAGCUGGGUGGUCACUGGAUGCGGCACUUUUUCAUGGCGCACACUUACCUGGAGUUGUACCUCAACGACGACGGUCUGAAGAUCUACGAGGAUCUGCAGGCAUCGGGCUUCAGCAAGAACAUCUACUUGAUUGCCCAGAUGGCUCUUGUCUAUCACAAUAAGCGGGAUGUGGACAAGGCGAUUGAGCUGUACCAAGCACUUCUUGAGAGCGAUCCCUACCGCCUGGACAAUGUAGACACCUAUUCCAAUCUCCUGUUCGUCAAGGAGAUGAAAACCGAAAUGGCCCAGUUGGCCCACAAGGCUGUAAGCAUCAACAAGUAUCGUCCAGAGACGUGUUGUGUAAUAGGCAACUACUAUAGCAUCCGCUGUGAUCAUCAGGUGGCCAUUUCCUACUUUCAACGCGCCCUGAAACUGAAUCCCAAGUAUCUGGCCGCCUGGACCUUGAUGGGACAUGAGUUUAUGGAGCUCAAAAACACAAAUGCAGCCAUACAGAGCUACCGAAAGGCAGUGGAGGUCAACAAGCGGGACUAUCGCGCCUGGUAUGGACUGGGUCAGGCCUACGAGAUCAUCAAAAUGCACUACUACAGCCUAUACUACUUUAAAAUCGCCCACCAACUACGUCCCUACGACUCUCGCAUGCUGGUUGCCCUAGGUGAGACGUAUGAGAAGCUGGACAAGUGCGAAAAUGCUGUGAAGUGCUACUGGAAGGCCAUCGAUGUGGGUGAUAUAGAGGGCAUAGCGAUGUACAAACUGGCCAAUCUGCACGAGAAGCUCGGCGACCACGAGACGGCGGUCCAUUGCUACAUAAUGUACUGCGAGGAUGAGCGAGCGGCCACCGAUAAACAGAGCCUCUAUCAAGGAUUCAUCACGCUGGCAAACUAUUACGAGAAGAAGUGCGAAUACGAAAGAGCCGCCUAUUACGCUUACAAAUGUCUAGACUCUGAUGAUCGCAAAACAGAGGCAAAGGCGUUGCUGAAAACCAUUGACUGGAAGCGCAAUGCUGAGGGACAGAAGAAGGCAAAAACUUCCACGACCGUGGCGAAUGCAGAGACCAGUUCCGAGGACGAGAUGGAGUGGGAGCUCCAGGAUGUGCGAGUCCGAGUUCCCAUCACAUCCAUAGCAACCACGACUACCUCCACGACAGCAGCAGCUGCGGGGAGUACCUCGAAUAGCUCCUUGAUCAGCUUGCGUCCGGGUCGAAACUUGCUAGAGGGGAUGCGUCGUUCCCAGGCGAGCAGGACCAGUUUAACCGCGGCUGCCAGCAGCACUACCACGACAUCAGCAACUGCUGUCACACCGUCCACUGAGGAGGCGCCUGGCGCAACCAGUGGCACUACGAAUCCACCCGAGCAACCGCCAUCGGAUGAUAACAGCUCCAUGGAAAUAUCCAGCGUUUCCAUCGAUUAGUCAAAUGAGUUCCAAUUGUAUAAAUUCCUAUUUGUUUUUAUGAAUUAUAUUGGCAAUCCAAGCAAUUAAUGCAAAGCUAAAA